ACUUUGCCGACGGAGCCGGAGCGGCGCCGGGGAGGACCGCGCAGCCGGAGCGGGCGAGCAGCGGGCGAGCAGCGCCCCGCCGCGCCGCCGGCCUCGUCCUGCAGCCCUGCCAGCCUGCGCGGAGCAUCGGAAAAGCCUGGACCGAGACUGUCCCUUUGCCAAGGAAGUCACCGCAGUGGGCAAAUCCUUGGCUGCACGGCGUUGCAGCCCCACUGAGAACCAGCCAUGAUGUUCUGCCUUCUCCUGUGGUGGGAUCUCAAAGUUCUGGCGUUCUCACUCCUUCUGAAAGCAACUGUCUCCUUAAACCCAGAUGAUCCAAAUGUCUGCAGCCACUGGGAAAGCUAUGCGGUGACUGUUCAGGAAUCGUAUGCACACCCCUUUGAUCAGAUCUAUUAUACAAGAUGUACAGAUAUCCUGAACUGGUUCAAGUGCACUCGACACAGAAUAAGUUAUAAGACAGCCUAUCGGAGGGGACUGAGGACAAUGUAUCGCCGGCGAUCCCAGUGCUGCCCGGGAUAUUACGAAAGUGGCGACUUCUGCAUCCCUCUCUGCACAGAGGAGUGUGUCCAUGGAAGGUGUGUUUCCCCUGACACGUGUCACUGUGAGCCAGGAUGGGGAGGUCCGGAUUGUUCCAGUGGCUGCGACAGCGACCACUGGGGGCCGCACUGCAGCAACCGCUGCCAGUGCCAGAACGACGCCCUCUGCAACCCCAUCACGGGCGCCUGCGUGUGCGCCACCGGGUACAAGGGGUGGCGCUGCGAGGACCUGUGCGACCCGGGAAGCUACGGGAAGGGCUGCCAGCUGAAGUGCCGCUGUGACAACGGGGCCACCUGUGACCAUAGGACGGGGGAGUGCCGAUGCGCGCCUGGAUACACGGGUGUCUUCUGCGAGGAGCACUGCCCCCCAGGCAGCCACGGAGCGCAGUGUGAACAGCGGUGCCCGUGCCAGAACGGAGGAACCUGCCACCACGUCACCGGAGAAUGUGCCUGCCCCGCGGGAUGGAUGGGCUUCGUGUGUGCCCAGCCGUGUCCCGCGGGAACCUUCGGGGUCAACUGCAGCCAGGACUGCCCGUGCCACAACGGAGGGCAGUGCGAUCACGUGACGGGGGCCUGCCUGUGCACGGCGGGCUACGUAGGAGACAGGUGUCAAGAGGAGUGCCCCGCCGGGACAUUCGGCCUCCAGUGCAAGCAGAGGUGCGACUGCGAGAACCGGGCCAGGUGCUACCACGUGAACGGGGCCUGCCUGUGCGACCCCGGCUUUAAGGGGAUCCAUUGCCAAGAACGGAUGUGCCCCGAGGGCUAUUACGGCCUGACGUGCAGCAAAAGGUGUCCUUGCCACGCUCCAAACACCGCCAGCUGCCAUCCCCUGUCCGGAGAAUGCAGCUGCAAAGCCGGCUGGGCGGGACUGCACUGCAGUGAGACCUGUCCUCCGGGGUACCACGGCGAGCGCUGCCAGCUCCCUUGCUCCUGCCAAAACGGAGCAGAGUGCGAAAGCAUCACAGGAAAAUGUACCUGCAGGCCGGGAUACAUGGGGAACGACUGUUCCAUCACUUGCCCGGCCGGGACCUACGGUGCCAACUGCUCGUCGGUUUGCGACUGCAAGAAUGACGGCGCGUGUUCCCCAGUGGACGGCUCCUGCUUCUGCAGAGAAGGGUGGCAGGGGGUGGAUUGCUCUCUCCCAUGCCCCAGCGGCACCUGGGGGCUGGACUGCAACCAGACGUGCUUCUGCGCCAACGGAGCGGCCUGCAGCCCCGAGGACGGAUCCUGCCUUUGCUCUCCUGGGUGGCAAGGGGAUUUCUGCGACCAGCCCUGCCCCGAUGGAACGUACGGCCUGAACUGCAGCGAGCGCUGUGACUGCAGCCACGCGGACGGAUGCGACCCCGUCACCGGCCACUGCUGCUGCCUCGCGGGCUGGACAGGAAUCCACUGCGAUAGCAUCUGUGCGCAGGGCCGCUGGGGACCGAACUGCUCCAUCACGUGCAACUGCGAGAACGGGGGCUCUUGCUCCCCGGAGGACGGGACCUGUGAGUGUGCGCCAGGCUUUCGAGGGCCCAUGUGCCAGAGAAUUUGUCCGCCCGGCUUCUACGGGCACCAGUGCAGCCAGCCAUGCCCAAAAUGCACCCACAGCUCCGUGCCUUGCCACCACAUCACGGGACACUGCAAUUGUCUGGCUGGGUUCUUCGGCCUGCUCUGCGACCAAGUGUGUCCCAGCGAACGGUACGGGAAGGACUGCGCGGAAGUGUGUGCCUGCACCAACAACGGCACGUGCAACCCCAUCGACGGCUCGUGCCAGUGCUUCCCCGGGUGGAUCGGCACGGACUGCUCCCAGACUUGUCCAGUUGGCUUUUGGGGAGCAGACUGCUUUCACUCGUGCAACUGUCACAACGGUGCGACGUGCAGUGCUCGCGACGGAGGAUGCCGGUGCCCCCCCGGCUGGACCGGUCCCCACUGUGCGCAGCGGUGUCCGGCUGCCUUUUAUGGGAAAAGCUGUGCCAACGUCUGCCAGUGCCAGAACGGAGCUGACUGCGACCACGUCACCGGGCAGUGCACGUGCCGGACUGGUUUCACUGGAAAGCACUGCGAGCAGAAGUGCCCACCGGGAACGUUUGGUUACGGUUGCCAGCAGCUGUGCGAAUGCAUGAACAAUGCCACCUGUGACUAUGUUACAGGUACCUGUUACUGCAGCCCCGGGUUCAAAGGCAUCAGGUGCGAUCAAGCGGCGCUCAUGAUGGAUGAACUGAAUCCCUACACUAAAAUUAGCCCUGCCCUUGGGUCCGAGCGGCACUCUGUGGGCGCCAUCGUUGGCAUCAUGGUCCUGCUGCUGAUUGUGAUGGUUUUGCUGGCGCUGUUCGUGUGGUAUCGGCGGGCGCAGAAGAAGGGUCACGACAUGCCCCGCGUCUCGUACACCCCGGCCACGCGGAUGACGAGCACGGACUACUCCCUCUCCGAUCUCUCUCAAGGGAGCAGCACUGCCCACUGCCUCUCCAACCCAAACUACCACACCCUGCCAUGUGGGGUGACUUCGCGGCCCUUUCCCAGUAAUCUGGAUGGAAGCCUCUCCAGUAAGCUCAGUCACAAACUGCUUGGCAGAGACGCUGCAGACGGGAGCGCCUACGGCUACCUGAAUGAACUAGGUGCUUAUGGGAUGAAUAGACGUCAGAACACAUACAUUAUGGAAAAAGGCUUCAAAGACUACAUGAAAGAAUCGGCCUGCAGCUCGAGCACCUGUUCCCUCAACAGCAGUGAAAACCCCUACGCCACCAUCAAGGACCCGCCCAGCGCCCCCUGCAAGCACCCCGAGAGCAGCUACGUGGAGAUGAAGUCGCCCGCCCACCGAGAGGCCUCCCACCCGGACGCACCCGCCCUGCCAGUGGCUAAUAAAAAUAUCUAUGACAUUGAGCCCACCAUCAGCGUGGUCCAGGAGACCCGUCUCCGCGGCGCUGGCUACAUCCAGAACCCCUAUGACCUGCCCCGGAACAGCCACAUCCCCGGUCACUACGACAUUCUGCCCAUGAGACAGAAGAGCCCUGCCCGCGGCUCGCCUUGGGAGAAGCGGGCCUGAAGGCCUCUCCAAGCCCACGGACACUGCUCUUCGGUGCAGCCAGGGAUGACAAGCCUUUUGUCCCGCCACAGAAGACACGGAGAACCUCAAGGGACGCUCGUGUGGAGCCAACUUCCUUCUGCAUGAAACUAUUUUAGAAGACUAUUUUAUAUGGA